GCGCAUCCUGAGGAAGCGGAGGCGCUGCUGAGGAACAGGGCGCCGCCGCCGACCCUCAUCGAGGCCACGACGGCGCUCCCUCCGGCGCAGAGGGAGUGGACAUGCGGACUGUGCGACGCGGGACUCCCCACCUUGGGGCGGGCGCAGGGGAGGCUGAGCAGGAGGAGCCAUUGGCAAAAGUGCCACGACGACGUGUCGUUCGAGGAGUUCUGCAGGAAGGUGGUCAUGAAGCGGAACCUGGCGGUGCAGCAGGAGCGGUUCCCUGAACACGCCCUCGUGGCGCUGCCGUACCGGGGCCACGCCGAGAACGUGGAGUACAGGAAGGACGGCACUCGCGUGACCAUGACGCAGUUCAGAUGCAAGAGGUGCCUGUUCGCGGUGGCGGGCGCCAGCGUGGCCUCCAAGCAGCUCCGGCAUGGGCUUUCAUGCGAGCAGAACCGCCAGUACACGCUCACGGACAGCAGCGCGCGUUCGCAGCUGCGGGAAUGGUGGCUCGGAGUGGGGAGGGCUGGGGAGGGGGAGACUUUGAGGAAGCUGGAGUGCGACAGGGGGUUCUUGAUCUUUUUGGUCGAUGACUGGUGCCCGGUUGCGCACACGUAUGCUCCCUACAGGAGACGUCCCGGUGAGGGCGCCGAAGAGUACAGGGAGCGCACGAGCCACGUGCGAGCCCAAGCUUUGGCGCACAGGAUCAAGUACAGACGGAAACAUUGGAAUCCCAGGCAAUCACGGAAGAAGGAGGCGGCCAAAGGUUGCAGGCCGCUGGCAAAGCAUGAGGAGGACCAGGAGGAGGAUGGGGACGUGGAGCCGCACCCGGGCCCUGCGUCAAAGAAGGGGCGGCCGUGGGCCACGACGUGGACGGUCAACGUAGGGCUGGGGGAGACAUCGUGGCAGGCGCUGGAGGCGGCGAGCCAGGCAGAAAUAGAUAUUGUAUUCUUGCAGGAGGUGGGGCUCACGGACCAGGAUUGCGCCGCAUUCGAGGCCCGCGCGCGCAAGUUCGGCUACAGGAGCUACUUUUCGGGAGGCGCCGUUGCCCAAUCAACGGCGCCCCACCGGGCAGGCAGACCCACUGGUGGGGUUGGCACGUUGGUGUUCGAGGCGCUGCGCUCCCGGCGGCUGGACCACCUGGUGGGCGAGGACGCGCAAGCGGUGGCGGUGCGGGUCGAGGACCUGGUCGCAGUCAACCUCUACCAGCCUCCCGGCAAGGCCAGGGACGAGGCUAUGUCGUUCGUGUUGGGGCUGCUGGAAACGCUGAGCCGUAAGCACACCUGGUGCAUUGCGGGCGGCUUCAACGACGAGCCUGGGGAGAAUCUGCUGUGGGAUCUGCUCCGGGAAGAAGGACAUCUCGUUAAGGACCACCGGGUUGUCGCUGCCCAUCUGCAGGUGGUCCGGGGCGACAGGGGCGUGCGUGAGCCGGAUUGCAUUCUGGGCAGGUCGGCCAAUUUGGGCUGCCCGGGACACGUGGAACCAGAGCGAUGGUGUCAGCUGCAGCGGGAGGUCUAUGCGACCAUGGCUCCGCCGAGCUUCCCAGCUAUGGAGGAGCCCCGGGACAUGGGCGCCAUGCAGAAACAGGUGGACGACGUGUGGAAGCAGACAUCUCUCUACCUCGAGCACUUCUUCAGGAUGGAGCACCAGGAAGAACACGCAGGCCUCUCGGUGCGCGACCAGCAGCUUGACAACCUGCGCGGGCGGAUGCGGCACAUGCAGUGGCUGCAGAGGAGAGGCCGCGAGGAGAGCGCCGAGGGGCGAAUGCUCGAAGAGAGAAUCGGGCUGACGAAGAAUCGGCUGGUGACGUUGAAGGAGGUCGAGGCGAAGUUGGCGGAGCUCCGGAAGCAGCGGAGGCAGGGCCGCAUCGACAGGUGGCGCAACCGUCUGCGAGGGUCGCUCCGGGCAUGCUGCGCCUGGGUGGAAGGCGGCUGCGCGAUUCCAUCGACGGGCGUGCGCGCGGAGGGGAAGGAGGAGGGGCCCAAGGGCGAGGGGCAGGAAGGGGGGGCGAGGAGCGAGGAGGACGAGGCCAGGGAAGAAAGCGCCACUGAGCAGGAAGCGCUUGCACUGCUGGCGCGGCACUGGAGGGGAGUCUGGGGGCUCGAGCUUGCGCCGCAGGAGGAAUGGCAGCAACGGGUCGAGGACGCGCUGCCGCCUGCGUCGGAGGAUAUCUGGCGACCCGUGUGUCCCAUGGAGCUGCGGGGGGCCAUGGGCAGGCUACGGGGGUCCGCUCCAGGAGCUGACGGCUGGCGCGGAGAUGAGCUCGCUUCGCUCAACUGCCCUGCGGUGGUCCACCACCUUGCUGACGUCUUCAAUUUUAUGCUGGGCCAGGGCUGCGCGCCCACAGAGUGGCGCACGGCGCGGCAAGUAAUGCCCCCGAAGGGGGGCAAAGGAAGGAGAAAGAAGGAUGGGGGCAUAGCUGUGCAGGCGCUGCGACCCAUCGCCAUCUUGAGCUGCUGGCGGCGCCUGCUCGGCAGCGUGCUGCUGAGGCCGGACUAUGACUAUGACUACACGUUGGCUUUCGACCGGGCCGACCCCGAGCUGGCAGUCGCGGUGUCGAGGAAGCUCGGGUGCCCGCGCGCGGUCGCCGCUAUCCUGGAACAGGUGUGGGCCGGACAGCUCCAGUACUUGCAAUGCCAAGGGGCCGCGCUCAGGCGGCCGGAGGAGGUGGGCGCCUCGCUGACCCAGGGCGACCCGUGGUCCAUGAUAGCUAUGGUGGCGGUCCUACACCUGCCGAUCACCGCCGUCGUGGCGCGCUUCCCCGGGGCGGAGCUCUCCUGCUUCGUGGGCGACAGGUCGUGGAAGUCCAGCACUGCGCAGGAGCUGCUGGCAGUUGGUGAGGAGUGGAGGAAGUGGUCGCUCGUCUUGGGCCUCAAGGAGACCGAGGCGAAGUCCCAGCACGCCCGCCGGGCGGCCGCGGGCAAGAAGCAGCUGCUCAGAGCAGGCGCGCCGGACGCCGCGGUGACGGACGCCCCGGAGAUCCUCGGG